GAAGCUGCACCGACGAUGCCACCAUAUCGCCUAUUCUGAAUUCGUUAAGUCUAAAAGCUUGUGAAUGUUGCCUUUUGGGAAUGAUACCGUCAGAAGAGCCUUGCUCGACGCGCAUACCGAGAAUUUCCGAAGAUAACGACUGUAGAACGUACUUCAGUCAAUGCUGUGUGGAAUACCCCAUAAUAACGAUUAACUAUGUCAAAGGCUUGGGUUCAAGUGAUGAACAUCGUGACUGUGCAACCCGGGCACAAGCACUGGUGGAGGAGGGUUUUAAUGAGACUGAUCCUGCUGUCGAGUCGUUCAUUGACGCCUGUGAAUGUUGCGAGGAAGGGCGUGCUUUUAUUGGCACCCACAGCGCUUAUGUAGCCCAUAUGGACGCCAUGACAGAUAGUUGGUGCAGAAGGGCUUUUGAGAUAUGUGCGUCUCCAGGAUCCGAUUCAACACAAGAUGGCGACCCUCACUUCGUUACCUUUGAUGGAGCUAGGAUCACUUACAAUGGACCUUGCCGUUACACGCUCACUCAAACGGAUCCCCGCUACGCGGGUUAUCUUACACCUUUUACUGUCACUGCUAUGAACGCAAUCCACAAGGCUGACCUUGCUAGCUAUCUGGAUGACGUCGAAAUGACCAUUGGUCAACGACGAGUAAGGAUGAAUGUUCGUGGCGAAUUAUUUGUUGAUGGCCAGCCUCAGACAGCCCCCAUAUCAGACGGGAUGUUCAAGGUCAAGCGAGACGUUUUGGCCAACGUCCUUCCUUUUGGUCCGAAAAGGGCCCUUGGAGAACCAGUGCUUCGUCUUGAAACCGGCAUCUUGGUUAACCUGACGGUAACUGUGCAGCGCCCUGACGGCAAGGGGAGAUAUUAUCUUAACAUUGAAGUGCCCAAGAUGUACCGAGGAAAGCUGACUGGUCUCGGCGGGAACUUCAACGGAGAUCCCAUGGACGACUAUAGACUGUCUGAUGGUAGAGAUGUCAGGAAUAUUUGGCCAGAAAUUUUCAGAAGUCAGAUGAUUGCUGAUAGCUGGCUUGUGAAGGACGACCCUGUCAAUCUGAAAACUGGAUACCCGUGCUGAGGUGUCCGAUGAUUCGCUUAGAUUUGUGUAGAACUACCGGAAUACGGACUUAUGAUACACGGAUAUAACGCAAUACCGCUUGAUCUACAUAACCUGCUUGGGAACUGUGUGGAUAGUGUUUACAUUUAUGCUUGAUUAUUAUUCGCGAAUACAAAAUUGCAAUGCAUCUUUGGUGUUGUUUAAGGACAGUGGUAUAAGGGAUAUAACGUAUGAACUCGGCAAAAUUCUUUGAACGGAUUUGAGCACCUUUGAGCAUUUCCAAAUGCUCGCGGACAAUUAUGAUAUCUUUAAGGACUAUACUUGAAGCUCAGCGGACAGUUUCAUGCAUUCAUUGCAUUUGAUAAUUUUUCUGCCUAAAAGUUUACACCUGGGGUUUGGAUUUUGUUCAUAAACUGAUGUUAACGUUAGUUGAAAAGUGAAUUGGAAGAAUUCUGUGAACUAUUUAAAAAGCUGUUAUAUCAUAAUGACACUUAUUGUUAUUAUCACUGAUAUUGAAAUAUUGCUAUCUGGGGGAUUCUAUGGGGUUUUUUUUAAUGUGAUGGUUUUUUCUUUACCUAACAAUCACUGUUCUUACUUGGUCUGGAUAUUAGGAACAUUUCUGUACAAAUUGCUGUAGAAUUAUCUGAAUCGUUAUCAAGGAACUGCAGCUGGUAUUAUAUUGCAGAAGGUUAUUGAUAAUUGAUACUUGAGAGCAUUCCAAACAGCUAUUCAGGUUUCUUACAGUUACAGUGUAAUACGCAUUACAUGUACUUUAUUGUUUCUUGAAUUAGUAUUAUUUUCUGGUGAUGGGAAAAUUGUGUCUAUGUUUCAUUGUUACAGUUAAUAGAUCAUGUAGCUGGUAUGGGAGUACAUUUUUUGACAAAAUUGCCAAAAACAUCAGGUCUGAUUAAUGCAGAAUUACAGUUUGAUAGAAAUAACAAAAUUAGAAUUUUAAAACAAAAACGGUACUUUAGAUACCAUUUAUGCUGUCAGGUUUGUAUAAAAAAGAUAAUUUUGUGUAAAUUUUUAUAGACAAAAUUUUGAAAUUUCACAGUACAGACAAACUGUGACGCCAAAAUCCGACAUCAGUGUUGCGGGUUAAUCCAUUUUCAUUGGAACUGAUUUUGAAUAUGCAGAAAUUAUUGUUGUUAAAUAUUCUUACAAUAAAAUAUUUGGCUGACA